AGAAGGUAAAUCAGUAGGUAUCAAGAAAAACUAAUUAUAAUUAUAUAGACUCAAUUAAUGUUUAUGAUAGUAGCUUAUUUGUAGUACCUCGUAAAAAAAACCCGUUCACCAGGACAAAAAAACAUCCAAUGUUAAAACGCCAUCCUCUCCUUCGAUAACUCCUUCAUCCUCGAUACACCAAUGUCAGUAGCCAGACCCCAAGGAGAGCUCUCGGAGCUCACAGAAGCAAACGAUAUAACUGUGGUCAAGUCACAAAUGUCUCUGGACGAACUCGUAAACGAAGAAGACAUCUUGAAUACCGACAGAAUUAUAAAUCAGGGCAGAUUAGAAGAAGAAGAAGAAGAAUUGGCCGUUACCCAAGAAACAUACACCAUUGACUUAUGGUCUAUAUUGAAAAAAGGCUCAAUCAACCUCAUAUUGCCGUUUAUAAACGGGAUGAUGUUGGGUUUUGGUGAGAUUUUGGCUCAUGAAAUCGGUUUCAAGUACAACUGGAGAGGUGCCAAAGUCAGCCCUCCAAGAAGAAUCGAGUCUAAACAAAAGGAGUCAAAGUUCUUAUAGCUUUUUGAAUAUCUUAAUGUAUAUACUGAGAACCAUGUGUUUCCUUCACUUCUUUACUCUCUUCAUUUACUUUUCUAAUAAAUAUCUCCAUUCUUGCUUUUUUUUUUUCUUGUUUCUCGUCAACACAAUCGCAUCUUCAAUACAACCUGAUCUCUGGCUGUUGCUGAAGACCCCUCUGUAGUUCUGGCUGUCUGUAGAUCUGGCUUCUGAUUGUUCCGGGGUCACAAAUUAAAAUU